AUGGAGCUACCCGCCUGGCAUCCCACUUCCGCCCUCGAGGAGGAGCGCCGCCGCCACCAGUUUGGUAUCGAUUUGGUGAUUGCCAACACCAACAGCCGCAACGCCAACACCCAGAAUUCGAGCUUCCUUCCGCUGUUCGACGCCAUCGCUGAUACCAUCAAGUCCUUCUUCCCCGCUUCGGCCGAGGCCAGCUACGGUGCGAUGCAAUUUCAAAGCUUCCCAACUCUCGAUUUGGUGUCAAGAAACGGUGGUGGCAGCAGCAGCCAGGAUUUGAGGCUCUCGCUGCAGUCAUUUCAAGAUUCGAUUCUUCUCCACCAUCACAGUGAGCAGCCUCAGCCUCAGCCGCAAACACAAGUUCUACUUUGUGGCACUCCGUUGGGCCUAGACGGCUGGCCGGAGCACCACCAGUUCCAGCGGCUUGCAGCCUGGAAUGGCGGCGGAGACGAAUACUUGUUGAACGUGCCGCCGGCGCCAAGUCAAAACCAGUUUGUUUCACAGAGGGGACCCCUUCAGUCCAGUAACACACCUUCAAUUUGUGUUUGGAUGGAUCCAUCCAUCGAUCACCCACCAAUCAAUCCUUCAUCGAUUGGAUUUGCCUCCGGCUUCUAUAUUCCUGCACGAAUUCAGGGUGAUGAGGAGGAGCACGACGGCUAUUCCGACAAGCCAUCCUCUGCUUCCUCCGAUUCUCGCUAUUGAUUAAUUGCACCUCUCUUCAGUCUAAAGACCCGC